CUGACGGGGAAUUGGAAAUCACCAGGUGGCGAUGUAAAAAUGUUUACCGCGUCAGAUAGAAAAUUCGUCUUUAAAUGGCAAGGAUCCAAAAAGAAAAAGAUCGAAAUAGUGAAGGAUCAUGAUGAUGACCUUUUAAGCCGCUUAAAGAACAACGCACAUGAAGAAAAUAAAGCAAACAUGACCCGAGAAAAUAACGAUCCGAACGAGUACUACGUGCUUUGCGCUGCUACGUCAUUGCCCUUGCCUUCACCCACCUAUAGCGAACGCGAAUAG